AUGGCUCAUUUUCCACAUCUCAAUUAUAAUGAACUUAUCCCAGGUAGCGGAGGAAUUUUGACCUAUGUGUAUAGGUGGAAAAUUACAAACUGGAGCGAAAUACGACCUUAUAUGGAACAUACCAGUACACCUUUUAGUGCCGACGGUUUACAGUGGGUUUUUAAGUUCUAUAAGGGACGACAGAAAAACCCACAGGCUUUGUCAUUAUAUUUAGGAAUUUUAGAGACAACACCGGGAUGUCUUCGUGGAAUUAGGAAAAAAGUCAGUAUCAUCUUUGUAUUGGAGAACUUGAGAACGAAAGGAAUGGAUUUCGGAAAAAGACAUUCCACAUGGGGUGAGGAAAAUCUUACGUCGCUAGAUGAAAUGGACAGCAAUGAUACGGUAUCCUUAUGUGUAAAAUUUGAGAUUCAGGAAUCUAUUGUAGAUUCACCACCAAAAAUUAGCAAUACAUUUGAUAAACUAGUAAACUCUCCACGUUUUUCAGAUGUCACAUUUCGCGUAAUUGAUGAUAAUUUUCGCGAGAAAGUAUUCUACGCGCAUAAAGGAAUUUUAGCAACUAGUUCUCCGGUAUUUGAAGCAAUGUUAACAAACGGAAUGAAGGAAUCUUUUGAAGAUGAAAUUAAAUUAUGUCAAGCAAACCAUUCGGCGUUUCUUUCUUUGUUAACUUUUAUAUAUACUUCUCAUGUAAAUAUUGUGUCUUUACGUAACGCGGAAAAUUUAUUGGAAUUAGCUGAUAGGUUUGAGAUUAUCUAUGUGCGAGAGGAAUGUUUGCGUUAUUUCCGUUUAGAACUGAACGUUGAUAAUGUAUGGGGAAUUUGGGCCAUUUCAGAAAAAUAUUGUUGUGCUAAAACAUCAUCAACAUGUCGUGAUUUUGUCGCAUUGUAUUUCGAUAAUCUUUUGGAUAACUCAUCUACGUUACAUGCUGAUCCAAAUAUUUUGCAACUUGCACUUGAAAAUGAUGAAGCAAAUGUGAAUUCUGAAGAGAAAAUUUAUGAACUAGUUGUACGUUGGGCGAAUCAUUCAUCCUCUUUAGAUCCAAAUGUACCGCCGUCGGAGAAUUCUUCAACCAUUCAGUGUGCUGACACUACCGAUGAGAAUCUUUAUGAAACAGAAAAUGACGAUUCAAAUAAAUUUCCCAAGCCAUGGUGUGGCGAUAGACUUGCAGCACUUCCUUCUUUAUUGAAAUGCGUUCGAUUUCCUGUGAUGAAAAAACAAUAUAUUUAUGAAGAAGUCGAAGGAAAUCCUAUUGUAAUGGCAGCAGAUGGGAUGAAAGAUCUGGUAAUUGAAGCAUAUCGACAUCUGUUAUUGCCUGAUGUUACAAAUUCUACUAACAGAGUUAAACACCGAAAACGUAAGGGGAGCGGAAAAUAUUGA